GGCCGGUCGUUAUGACAAUGGACGCCAACGGCCUCCCGGGUUGUGAUUGUAAGUUUUAAAGCUGGGAAACAGGAAAACACAUUGCCCUUCCUCCUGCCCAGCCCUGCCCCUGGUUUCCUGCCGUCCCGACAUUUAUCUCCGCCGCGGCAGCAGCACCGAGCCACUCACCUCAGGUCUUCGCCUCCGCCUCCCUGAAGAGUCCUGGCAGGGAUGUGAACGGUCACCAAUGCGUCACUCCAGUCGCUUUCGCGUCCCUCGAGCCGGGCCGCGGUUACUGCAGCUGUCGCCCACUUCCGAGCCCCCUCAGGAAAGUCGUACGUCACCGGAUUUCCAACCCCUUUUUUUCCUGCUCCUCUUCGGAGACCUGGCGCGGCCUGCCUGUCUUGCAACGGGAUUGGUUCGCCUGGGCAGUGGAGGGGCGGGGCAGAGCAAUUCUCCCUUGCUCAUUGGCUGCCGUGGACGUCCUCCGUGAGAAGGGCGAGCCGACCGGAAAGUCCGGGAGCGGGACUGGCCAAUUCAACUCGGCUCCCGGGAGCUGCCCGGCCGGCGACCCGUGAACGUCCAGACGUGCUCCGCGCCCUUCCGUAACCACUUCCGGGGCGGGAGCCGGCCGGGUGGCCGCUGGAGGUGGCGGCGUCGGGGUGGCGGGGCUGGCGGCGGCGGCGGCGGCGGCCCGACGGCGGCCCGAGGCCUGAGGCCCAGCGCAGCGAUGUCCGAGCUCAGUGACGAAGCCAGCGAGCCGGAGCUCCUGAACCGCAGUUUGUCCAUGUGGCAUGGACCAGGCACGCAGGUCGGCUGGGAGGAGCUGGAUGUGCCCUUGGACCUCCACACAGCCGCCUCCAUUGGCCAGUACGAGGUGGUCAAGGAAUGUGCCCAACGGAGGGAGUUAGACCUGAACAAGAAGAACGGUGGUGGCUGGACCCCACUGAUGUACGCCUCCUACAUUGGCCACGAUACCAUCGUGCACUUGCUGCUUGAGGCAGGGGUGAGUGUGAACGUGCCGACCCCGGAGGGGCAGACGCCCCUGAUGCUGGCCUCCAGCUGCGGCAACGAGAGUAUCGCCUACUUCCUCCUCCAGCAAGGUGCUGAGCUGGAGAUGAAAGACAUUCAAGGCUGGACCGCCCUCUUCCACUGCACCAGCGCUGGGCACCCGCAGAUGGUCAAGUUCCUUUUGGACAGUGGAGCCAAUGCCAACGUGAGAGAGCCGAUGUAUGGAUUUACUCCUUUGAUGGAAGCAGCUGCCGCUGGUCAUGAGAUAAUCGUGCAGUAUUUUCUGAAUCAUGGAGCCAAAGUGGACGCGAGAGACCACAAUGGAGCCACUGCCCGCAUGCUGGCCAAGCAGUGUGGACACACGAAGAUCGUGGGGUUGAUAGACACCCACUCGCCGGCACUUCCCAAGAGCCUCUACCGGAGCCCAGAAAAAUAUGAAGACCUGAGUUCAUCAGAUGAGUCCUGCCCCCUUCCUCCGAGACAGAGGCCCUGUCGGAAGAAGGGCCUCAGCAUCCACGAGGGGCCCCGAGCUCUGGCCAGGAUCACGGCGAUCGGGCUUGGAGGGAGGACCCCACAGCCCUGCCAUGGGCAGGAGCCUCCACGCGGCUACGUCACCUUCAACAGCAGUGAUGAGAACCCCCUGGAAGUGGGGGGCCUCUGCUACAGGGAUGUCACCUCCCCUAUCAACGACCGGGACGUGGAGAGCAGCAGCAGCAGCAGCCGGGAGGGACGUGCCUUCUGUGCCGACCUCGGGACCAUCCGGGGCAGGAGCAGCAGUGAGGGGCUGGUGAGAGCCCACCGAGUCAGCAGUGAGGCCUCGAUGGAGAGCAACGAGGAUUCAGAUCACGCACGUAAAAGCUCAGUUCGCAAGCAAACUAAAAGUUAUCUGAAGACCAAGAGUCGUUACCAUAACAGCGAUGGCCAGUGGCCUCCCGGCGCCGGGCCUCCCGGGGCAGCCUGCUCCUCAGGACGCGGCCCCCAAAGUGAGAGACCCCCCUCCUCAGGACCCCAGGAUCUCGCCACGCUGCUGGAGCAGAUCGGAUGUCUGAAGUACUUGCAGGUGUUUGAGGAGCAGGACGUGGACCUCCGCAUCUUCCUGACCCUCACCGAGAGUGACCUGAAGGAGAUCGGUAUCACGUUGUUCGGGCCCAAAAGGAAGAUGACCUCUGCCAUCGCCCGCUGGCACAGCAGUGCCCGCCCCCCCAGCGAUGCCCUGGAGCUGGCCUACGCCGACCGGCUGGAGGCAGAGAUGCAGGAGCUCGCCAUCCAGCUGCACAGGCGCAGCGAGGAGGUGGAGACCCUCCGGGGCCUGGUGUCCCAGGAGCGGGAGCUGCGGGCCGUGAUGGAGAGCUGCCUCCUGGAGCAGGAGCAGGAUGGUGCCCGCAGGGACAGUCUGGUGCAGCUGCAGGAGACCUGGGCGCUGGCUCGGGAGGCGGUGCUUGCGCUGGACCAGUUGCGAGCCUGUCAAGCUGAGCUGGCUGCCCGUGUGAGGCCAGACGAGCCCCCAGGCAGGGGGGCCCCCGCCCAACCCCCUGCUGAUUCCAAAGGCUGCCAAGCUUCCCUGCAGGCCAUGAGCCUCCCCGAGCUGUCAUGGGUGCUGGAGGACCAAGUCCGGGAGAUGGGGCAAGCACUGGGCUCCAUGACCCAGAGCCUGGAGAAGCUGCGAGCACUGAGCGGGAGGCAGAGCUGGCGGGAGCCAUAGCCAGAGGGGCGAACCUGACGUCGGGUGACUGAUCCACCCUGAAGCUGUGUACCAGGGAGGUGACGAGGGCAGUGAGUGGGCGGCGGCAGCAGCCCGGCCCCUGGGCCAAGGAUUGGGCCUGUGGAGCAGCGGCAGAGGCAGGAAGGGGCUGUGGCCGGGCGAGUGCAGCGAGGGCAGCACUGGGCAGGACGCGGCCUCUCGCUCAGACCUGGCGGCCAGGCCUGUGGCUCUCUGGGCAGCAGGGUCCGGCCAGGUGGGGCCUGGGGAGGGAGAGCCCCACAGCCCGCAGGUGCAGGCCCAGGGCACCUGGUCAGCGUAUGUCAUUUGCUGGAAAAUAAAAUUUAAGAUAAACUGGUA